UUCUGCGGAACCCGAGCCCGGGUGGCAGCUCGGGUGGUGGUAUCGUAUGCAAAUACGCAUGCUGACGUUACAGAUCAUGUGGGUUUUGGCGUAGAUUCCCCACUGAUCGAGACAUUUUUUUCCCCUUUUUUUUCCUUCUUUUUUUUUUUUUUCUUUAAAAAAUUUUGGCCACUGUUCCCCGUACGGGGGCUUUUCCUGUCCGUCUGUCUGGCAGGCUGGCCGUGCCCCUCUUUCCCACGGAGCCCGAGCCCGGCGCCCGGUGGGGAGUGGGGAGUGGGUGGGGGGAGCCAGCAGAGUUCCAUUUUGGAACGCCCGUGCCGCGUCUCCGCGCUCCCAGCCCGGGUCCCCGCGUCCCCAGCCCCGGCGCAGGCCUCGACACAUUGACUGCUCUUGGAGUCGACGCGUACCAAGAUUCCCAGGAUGUAAGCAAUCCGGGACUGAUAUGAUGCUGUCUCUUCUGUGUAGCCAUUGGAGCAGUGACAAUUUUCUGUGCUGAGAUCAUUCUCAACACUCAAACAUUAGACUUCAGCAUUCAAGGGAAGCCAAAGCCAUUGGAGGGGGAAUAAAAGCCCAAAGCCUUUUAUCUUACUUGUUCCAAAAAUUUCACUGCCCCUUUCCUACCUGCCCGUCCCACCUCCCCCCAAAUUAAGCACACAGACAGGCGGCAUGGCGAGCAAGCGGAAAUCCACCACCCCGUGCAUGGUUCGGACACCACAAGUAGUAGAACAGGGUGUCCCCGAGGAAGGAGACAGGGCCAAAGAGAAAGGAGUCAGCACUCCACAGCCUGAGGCAGCCAAGGACGGUUGGACAGUGGAACCUGAAAACUCUUCCAAAGAAAAUGAAGUGAUAGAGGUGAAAUCUACAGGGGAAAACCAAUCCAAAAAACUCCAAGGUGGUUAUGAAUGCAAAUACUGCCCCUACUCCACGCAAAACCUGAACGAGUUCACAGAGCACGUCGACAUGCAGCACCCCAACGUGAUUCUCAACCCCCUCUACGUGUGUGCCGAAUGUAACUUCACAACCAAAAAGUACGACUCCUUGUCUGACCACAACUCCAAGUUCCACCCCGGGGAGACCAACUUCAAGCUGAAGUUGAUCAAGCGCAAUAACCAGACUGUCUUAGAGCAGUCCAUCGAAGCCACCAACCACAUCGUGUCCAUCGCCACCAGCGGCCCUGCGAGCGGUGACGGUGAUCCUGGAAUCUCCGUGAGUAAGACGCCCAUCAUGAAGCCAGGGAAACCAAAAGCUGAUGCCAAGAAGGUGCCCAAGAAGCCCGAGGAGGCCACCCCCGAGAACCACGUGGAAGGGACCGCCCGCCUGGUGACCGACGCGGCUGAGAUCCUGUCGAGACUCGGAGGCGUGGAGCUCCUCCAGGACACGCUAGGGCACGUCAUGCCUUCUGUCCAGCUCCCACCAAAUAUCAACCUUGUCCCCAAGGUCCCCGUCCCGUUGAAUACUACCAAAUACAACUCCGCCCUGGACACGAAUGCCACCAUGAUCAACUCCUUCAACAAGUUCCCUUACCCAACACAGGCUGAGUUGUCCUGGCUGACCGCAGCUUCCAAACACCCAGAGGAGCACAUCAGAAUCUGGUUUGCCACACAGCGCUUGAAGCACGGCAUCAGCUGGUCCCCAGAGGAGGUGGAGGAGGCCCGGAAAAAGAUGUUUAAUGGCACCAUCCAGUCGGUACCCCCGACGAUCACCGUGCUGCCAGCCCAGUUGGCCCCCACAAAGAUGUCACAGCCCAUCCUCCAGACAGCUCUGCCGUGCCAGAUUCUCGGCCAGACCAGCCUGGUGCUGACUCAGGUGACGAGCGGGUCGACAACUGUCUCUUGCUCCCCCAUCACGCUCGCCGUGGCCGGAGUGACUAACCACGGCCAAAAGAGACCCUUAGUGACUCCCCAGGCUGCCUCCGAGCCCAAGCGUCCACACAUCGCUCAGGUGCCAGAGCCCCCACCCAAGGUGGCCAACCCUUCCCUGACGCCGGCCAGCGACCGCAAGAAGACAAAGGAGCAGAUUGCCCAUCUCAAGGCAAGUUUUCUCCAGAGCCAGUUCCCUGAUGACGCGGAGGUCUACCGGCUCAUUGAGGUGACCGGCCUUGCCAGGAGCGAGAUCAAGAAGUGGUUCAGCGACCACCGGUACCGGUGUCAAAGAGGCAUCGUCCACAUCACCAGCGAAUCCCUUGCCAAAGACCAGCUGGCCAUCGCAGCCUCCCGACACGGCCGCACAUACCACGCAUACCCAGACUUUGCCCCACAGAAAUUCAAAGAAAAAACGCAGGGUCAGGUUAAAAUCCUGGAAGACAGCUUUUUGAAAAGCUCCUUCCCGACCCAAGCGGAACUGGAUAGGCUAAGGGUGGACACGAAACUGAGCAGGAGAGAGAUUGAAUCCUGGUUCUCAGAGAGACGGAAGCUUCGGGACAGCAUGGAGCAGGCUGUCUUGGAUUCCAUGGGGGCUGGCAAAAAGGGCCAAGACGUGGUGGCCCCCAACGGUGCUCUGUCUCGGCUCGACCAGCUCUCCGGGGCCCAGCUGGCCAGUUCUCUGCCCAGCCCUUCACCAGCAAUUACGAAAAAUCCAGAACAGGUCCAUCUCCUGAGGAGCACGUUUGCAAGAACCCAGUGGCCUACCCCCCAGGAGUACGACCAGUUGGCAGCCAAGACCGGCCUGGUCCGAACUGAAAUUGUGCGUUGGUUCAAGGAGAACAGAUGCUUGCUAAAGACCGGGACCUUGAAGUGGAUGGAGCAGCCCCAGCCCCAGCCCCAGCACCUAGCAGGCGAGCACGCUUACGACGCGGCGCAGAGGAAAGCCGUGCGAGCCGGCGUCGCCGAGAACCCAAAGAACGGGAGUGAGGCGGGUCAGCCCCAUUAUAGGGACCCCAAAAAGCUCUGCGAAGAGGACUUGGAGAAGUUGGUACCCAGGGUGAAAGUGAGCAACGAGCAACCAAAAGAUGGUGCGCUGGCCAAGCCUUCAGAAGCCCCCUCGGACAGGUCGGAGGGCAGCAGCCGGGACGGCCCGGGCAGCGACGAGAACGAGGAGUCGGGUGUCGUGGAUUGGGUCGAGGUCACGGUCGGAGAGGAGGACGCCAUCUCAGACAGGUCCGAUAGCUGGAGUCAGACCGCAGCCGAGGGCACCGCAGAACUGGCCGGCUCGGACUCCGACAGCAUCCCUGCCGAGGCUGGCCAGGCCUAACAGUAAGAUAAGGUGCCUGGCAACAAAACAAAGUCUUCUGGAAACCUUGCUUUAGCCAGUUCCAUCAAGGAACAGCCAAUUGCAGAUUCCAUCAAGUCUUCUCCCCGCCCAACCCCCCGACUUUUCAGGAGGGAGUGGUAAUGGGUUACACGUGAGGCUGCAACAUGGAGGGGAGGGGCUGGUGAUAGGAGGGGGCUAAAGGCUAUGGAGGCCACCGAUACUACCACCUGCCCCCCACCAUCUGGCUACCUUGCUUCCUCCCUCUGGCUAUUUUCCUGCCUUCUUUUGAGACCCUGCCAGCCCAGCCCAUAUCUCCCUUGUUGAAAUGAGGGAGCAAUUUUUUUUUGUCUAAUCAGAAUCUGCCUGAAAGCUUCUGGCUUGCCUUGUCUUCUGUCCUUGACCUUUUCCAGGGCCUGACAGACGCCUACUUGAUUGCUUUCUCCUCCUGCCAUGGAGUAGGCAAUAGGGUUCAGUUCGAUUCAGCAGAUCCAUUCUGCACAUCUACUGUGUGCCGGGCUCUGUGCUAAGCACCGAGGUAACAGGAUGAAGAAGACAGAGUCUGCAGUCAUGUGGAGCUCGGUCAGGCCCAGGAGAGAGGAAACGGCUCUUUUCUUUCCUAGCCGGGGCGAUUCCUGAUGUGACACAGCCGUACACAGCUGUGUCACACCUGGUGAGGGGCACCCAGGCUGAGGGCAGGGCAGGCUUCCUGGAGGAAAGGACACCUGUCUCGGGCUAGCGGAGGGGAAGGAGUUAGCCAGUGCGCCCACAGGGAAGAGCGGUGCAUGUGGAAGGAGCAGACAAGGCGGAGUUCCAGAGACAAAGGACGGAAUGGUGCAGGUGAGGAACCACGAGAGUUUGGGCAUAGCCAGAAAGCCGAGUGUGGGGUUCAGCAGACGAGGAGGAAGGGCAACUGGAAGAAAAGACGAUGGUUUUCCCCAGCAGGCAAAGCUAUUCCAAACCAGUCGCGGUGCUGAGUUUGAAUAUGAGAAUGUGAAGUGUCCCGGUAUCCCCGAGGGAGCUCGGAUGGCACAUCCAGAUCCCCAACCCUGAGAGGGGGUUGUCUAGGGGUGGCAGCUCCCCAGAGGCCCCUGAGGCCGCCUGUCCCAUCCCUUCUCCCCCAAGCUGUACCACCGCCAGCAGUUGGCAAUGCCCACCUGUGUUGGCUGCCACUAACCUGAGGCCCGAGAGAAACACAAAGAGGGGACACAGUGCGAAAACCACAGAGAGAAGCUUUGGCGGGAAGGGCAGAAGGGGGGCUACAAGGCCUCCUGAGGACCGAGGCGGAGCUAGGCGCUCUGGCCCCAGAUGGUCUCAUUCAGUGCUCCUAGUGACUCUGACAGGGAAGCUUCUCUACAUUUUUUUUUUUUAAGAUUUAUGUUCCCACUCUAGAGAGAAAGAGAGAAAGUGGGGAGAGGGGCAGAGGGAGAGAGAGAGAAAAAAAAUCUUCAGCAGA